CAACGCGCGCAGCACUGCAUGCUGGGAUACCUUCCUAUCAUGGCGGAAGAGUUAGCUGGCUAACGUUGUCGGUACGCGAUUGUUCGGCUUCGCACGUUUUGGAAACUACGACCGCAGCCCUUGAAAAAAAAUCUACUCUUCCGCUUGUGCCUCCAAACUUACACAGGUGACGCUACCACUCUACAUUAAGAGGAUCCUUUACGACAGCACUCGCAUCAGAUCAAAAUGGAGUGUGCAGUGGACAUUCCAACCGGCGAAGAUGAGACAAAGGAAAAAGAUGACGUGAAUUGCACUGAUGGGACUGAACAGCCCCAUAAGAAAAACAAGAAGCACAAAAAGCACAAGAACAAGAAGAAGAAAAAGAAAAGGAAGAAUGAAAAGGAAAGCAGCUCGGAGUCUGGUGCUGACUCUGAUGCCGAGACUUCUCCUCAGAAACCUGUCCGGACUACUAGAGCCAGUGCAAGGCUGGCGGCAAAAACCGGAGAUCUUGCUGAGCAGAAGGAAGAGACAAAAACAGAUUGUGUGGACAAGGAAGGAGACGCAAAAUCUAAAAAACACAAAAGACACGCUGCUAAGAAGAAGAAAAAGAAGAAGAAGAAGGAUGAAAAGAAAUCACAAUCUCGCUCCUCAUCCGAUAGCAGCUCCGGCUCAGGUUCUGAAUCUGAAACGGAAGGCCGUGCAGGGAUGGGUGAUGGCAAAUCUUCUCCGGCGGUAGCAGCUAUCCAGCAUGAGCCAGUGUCACUAAUGUCAACACAGAACGACAAAGGGGAUCAGAAAGAUGUUCCCAAUCUGCUGAAUCCCGAAGCACUUGAAGAGAAGAAGCAGUGCAUAGCCGAAAUGGAUGUUCCGCAAAGUGCAGAGAAGACCACAACCGAUAGUCAAACCAACGGACCAGAAAAAGAUAUCAAAUCCUCAUUGCCUAGCUUGGAUGAGGUCACACAGACAGCACCAGUUCAGAUGAAAGAGGAAGCCAGUCUAGGAGAUGGUACAUUGGGUCACGCCAAUGAACUUCCUGACAUUAUUCCUAAACAGGAAAAUAAUGCACCUAAAGAUGAGCCAGUGCAAAAAGACGAAUCCAGCUUAAUGCAGCAGGCGACAGUAAAAGAGCCAGAUUCACCCAAGCCAGCAUCUCCCCUCCCUAUGAUGGGUCCUGAUAUUAAGCAGUCUGGGUCAAGACAUAGUCGGUCACCAUCACCAAGCCCCCCAAAGCAACAGAAUGAUGAGCAAACAGUAGUGGCAGCGGAAGAACCGCCAGAGAAUCAUUCGAGAUCAGCCUCAAAGGACAAGUCAUCUCCCACCCCUCAAAAAAAUCGUCAGCUCUCGCGCUCCAUCUCUCGCUCUCAGUCUCCUAAACCUAGGAAGAAGUCCCUCUCCCCACGCUCCAAGUCUCCUAAGAGAGCUCGCCGUCGGUCGUUGUCCGGUUCUCGCUCACGUACACCGAGGAGGAAGUCGUUACGGUCACCGCGGAGGUCCAAGACACCAAAACGUCGGAGAAGCUCGUCUUUGUCUCCGAGGCGCCGCCGCAGUUCCCCGUCCACAAAAAGAAGAUCCUCGAGAUCGCCAAAACGCGGGGUACGCAGGUCGCGCUCUUUAUCUCGGUCUCCAAGGAGAAGCCGGAGAUCAAAGUCCCGCUCACGAGGGCGCUUAAGACGCUCCCGCACGCGCUCGCCCAGACGUGGUGGAGCAAGCGGGAGACGGUCGCGAUCUCGCUCUUUUGCCAGGGCCCGUCGCUCCAGAUCCAGGCGCCCUUACCGCCGAUCCAGGUCACGUUCCUUGGCAAAACGGACCGGUGGCAGGCGCUCAAGGAGUCGAUCUUUGUCGCGUCACAGGAGGUCGCCGCCUCCCAGAGCGCGCCGCUCACGCUCCAGAUCGGUCCGCAGAAGCCGGCGGACUCGAUCACGCUCCGUCACAACCUACAAACGGCAGCGGCGCUCUCGAUCAAGGAGUCGCCGCAAACGGACCAAAUCCCGAACGCCCAUUUCUCGCUGGCGCUCCAAAUCCAGGUCUCCGGUCCGAAGGCGUUCUCGUUCCCUGGUCAGAAGGCGUUCUCGUUCCCCUGCCAGGAGAAAGCGCUCUCCGCCGCGGUCUAGCAAACGCUCGAGAUCCCGCUCAUUGCCGAGAAGGCACAGGUCAAAGUCACCUUCGCCAUUACUGAGCAGAAAGAAGUCCAAAUCGCCCAGGAUCAGCGUCAGAAGGUCAAAGUCAAAAUCUGUCUCUGUUGGCUUGCGCAGAUCCAAGUCCAGGUCCCGGUCUGAGUCAAGUAAUAGACCGUCUGAUAGGUCAUCCCAUGCCAGAUCCGCCUCACCCCCUCCUGAGAAGGCGACUUCUUCUCCCCAGGCGGAGCAAGCAUCUCCCGAAAAGAUGGCAUCCCCCGACAACAUGGCAUCCCCCGACAACAUGGCAUCCCCCGAAAAGAUGACAUCUCCAGAAAGGAUGGCAUCUCCAGAAAUUAUGGCUUCUCCAGAAAGGAUGGCGUCACCAGAAAGGAUGGCGUCACCAGAAAGGAUGGCGUCACCAGAAAGGAUGGCGUCACCAGAAAGGAUGGCGUCCCUCGAAAGGAUGGCGUCCCCAGAAAAGAUGGCCUCCCCAGAAAAGAUGGCUUCCCCAGAAAGGAUGGGCUCCCCAGAAAGGAUGGCCUCCCCAGAAAGGAUGGCCUCCACAGAAAGGAUGGCCUCCCCAGAAAGGAUGGCCUCCCCAGAAAGGAUGGCCUCCCCAGAAAGGAUGGCUCCAGUAGCUGAAACCCUUCCCGUCUCAGGUGGCUGGAGGCCUGUGCCCGCACUGGUUGCUUCUAGUUUUCCAGCUGUUACUUCUGUGGAUGAAGUUCAGGAGCUGCCUCAAGCCCCUGCUACCCUCCCUGAAGAAGAGGAAGACGAACAGAGGGAGGAGGACAGCACGUGGCACGAACAGGAUGUUUCGGGGACAGGGCCUGGCUCCCAAGAACCUGCCGAUGAACCGGAGGGAUCGGAAUGUUCUGCAGGCUUAGAUGAAGAAAUGCAAAAUGCUUCCCCACCUGUGAACAUGUUAGAAGAAUCCCAGAAAAGCCCCUCGCACUCGGCGUCUCCAGGAAGGCAGAGCUUAGAGUGCUCGCCCGCACCCGCAGAUCACAGGGAACCUUCCCGCUCAGCUUCACCCCGAAAGAGAUCUCCAGCAAGGAAAAGAGAAUCUGUCUCACCAUCUGAAAAAAAGAAGCGCCGUUCAAAGUCUCGCAGUCCCGGCCGCCGCAGAAAAUCCAGCCCUUCCCGUUCCAGCACACGACGCAAGCGAUCCCGUUCCAAGUCUCGGACCAGGGCGCGCCGAUCCAAGUCCCGUUCUCCAGUCCGCAAGAGGCGCUCCCGCUCGCCCAACGCCAGGGGGAGGAAAAGAUCCAAGUCCGCCGACAGGAACAAACGAUCUCGGAGCCGAUCCGCCGGCCGCAAGAAAAGGUCGAGGUCGGGAGACAGAGGUCGCAGGUCCAGGUCUCGUUCCUCCGACCGAAGACGCCGGUCAAGAUCCAGAGGUCGAGGGAAGCGUCCGGUAUUUCGCAGUCGCUCAUUUGAUAGAAGGGAUAGGUGGAAAAGGGAGCCCAGCCACUCUCCCGUUCUGAUUCUCCGCAAACAGCGGCGCUCAGGGUCGCGCACACGACGCAGCGCCAGCAAGUCGCCUCCGAGGCUCACUGACCUGGAUAAAGACCAGCUACUGGAGAUAGCCAAGGCCAACGCAGCUGCCAUGUGUGCCAAAGCGGGCGUCCCCAUCCCCGAAAGUCUGCGGCCAAAAGCGAUCCUCCAACUUCCCCUGCCAACGCCUUCCGCCGGUCCGCUCUCCCUCCCGCUGCCCUUACCCCUCCCCAUGGGCAUGGGGAUGCCAAAUAUGCCCAACAUGGGUCCAAUGGGGCUGCCCGGUAUUCCAGGAAUGCCCAACAUGUCCAACAUCACCAUGAGUGCCGCCAUGGCAAGUAUGACGGCGGCCACCAUGACGGCCGCCCUCACCAACAUGGGGGCCUUGGCGGCCAUGCCCCCCCUUGCCCCUCUCCCCACCAUCACAAACAAACCUCCUCCAUGUCUCGCGCCACCAACCCCAUCCCUGAACCUGGACCACAUUGAGGAAGCAAAAAGGAAGGUCACUCAGCAAGCAAACAUCCACACCAUAAAGGAGCUGACGGAGAAAUGUAAGAUGAUUGCCAAUAGUAAAGAGGAGAUGGCCGUAGCUAAACCUCAUGUCUCCGAUGACGAAUACUAAUUUCUUCAAGGACCUGCACAGGAAAAUCUUAACAACAAAAUAUGAUUUUUUUUCCCCCAGGACAAUAUGCCCACUGUAGUUCUCAUUCAAAGUCACGUGCCGUGACGGAGCCUCGGGCAAAAGACGAGCAUCCGAGUUGCUUACAACUUUUCCCCACGUUGUUUCCACUUGCGCGGCUGGGUCAUGUGAUACCACUCAAGAAACUGGACACAAUAACUUCUCGUGUGCAUGAUUGUAAAGCUAUCAUGUGAGUGUGUGUAUAUAGGGAUUUUCACCAACAUCCCCUCAGUGUUGCUGCUUGCUUGCUCAAGCAGUCACUGUUGUAAAGACUGAAACCAAACUUACCUAGUGGCGCCUUUUUUGUCGUUUUUGUAAAAGCUUAGUUCGUCUAAAUUGGUUUUACUUAAGCUUUCUUAAAGAACCGUGUAUAGUGGACACUGCUUCCUUGUUCUGCUGUAUUCUUUAGUUUUUGUGUUUGCUUUUUUUUUUUAAACUUUAUUUCAGUUGAUUUUCAUGUGUGAUUUGUUGACACCAGUUUGGGUAUUGUUCAGUUGCAAAAAUUGCGGGAUAACCGAGAGAAGCGGAUCGCACGGCGUGACAUCUCCCUGUCAAAAAACACAUCAAAAUUCAAUUAGUUCUGCCCUGUUUGUGAUUUAUAUUUCUUUUAAAGUGGCAGCUAAAUUUAACUCGGAGAUGCACGCACAGAGGAAAUAAUUCAUCGUUUUACAAACUGCAGGACUAAUUCGAAGUGAUUUGCAUUUGAAAAGCUUGAAACACCGCCAGCUUUGAUUUCAACAGUGGAUCAGACAAUCACUUCCUUUUAUUUUUUGGCGACCUAUUAAUGUCGCCCAUAACCAUCAAACUUUUAUCCAUGUCAAUUUAUUGCAGUUUAAAAUGUGUAAGAUGCAAUCCUCUCAUGACCAAGGCUGUCUUAACUGUUGAAGAUAAUGCAGAGAUUUUUUUUUCCCUUCCUAUUGUCUGCUUCUCGCUUCUCUAUCAACACAUGAAUCUCCUUUUUGCUAGUUUAAAGACAGGAGGGGGGAAAAAAGAGGAACAUGCAUUUUAGGAUUUUUUUGUGUGUGUGGGGGGGUGUCAUUUGAAAUAAAACAUUGCUUGCUCUGUAUAUAAAUGUGAUAAUGAUUAUUAAAAAGCUCAUUGAUCUGUACA